AUUCUCUCUCUUUAUUACUCCAUUUUCCUCUAAAAGAACCCCCAAAAUGGAACCCCAGCCCCUGCCACCAGCGGCGGCUCCACUUCCUACAACCACCACGACCGCAAUCCUCCCUGCGGUUACCAUACCAGCCACCUAUCCCGACUCCAUUAACUCAUCGCCACGCUCCCGUAACACUGACUCAAUGGACGACCCAUCUCCUCCACUACACUCAAAGAUCCGCGUUAUGUGCAGUUAUGGCGGCACCAUCGUCCCUCGUCCUCACGACAAAGUCUUAUGCUACAUCGGCGGAGACACCCGUAUGGUCGUCGUGGACCGCCACACUUCCCUCGCUUCUCUCCAGCGCCGCCUCUCCAUUUCUAUUCUCCACGGCCGCCCUUUUACUCUCAAGUACCAGCUCCCUUCCGAAGACCUCGACUCUCUCAUAUCUGUCACAACCGAUGAAGACGUCGAAAACAUGAUCGACGAAUACGAUCGUACUUGUUCCCAAACAUUGUCAUCAAACAAGUACACGCGUAUUCGCCUCUUUCUUUUCCCUAUCAAUCCAGAGGGGACCCAAAUGUCUUCGCAUUCGAUGGGGCCGAUUCUAAACAAUUCGACGAAGUCCGAUGAAUGGUUUCUUAAUGCGUUGAAUGGGGAGGGGUUGUUGAGCAGAGGAUUUUCGGAUUCCGCGACGAAGGCGAAUUGCUUGCUGGGAUUGGACGAUGAUCGUCAGGGAAGUGUUGUUGAAGUUGGUCCGAAAGAUGAAGGGAGUGGGAGUCAGAAGAAUCUGAAUUUGAAAAAUCAAGAUGUUAAGUCGGUUACCGAUUCUCCUAUAAUUGAAACUAAUUCCUCUUUCGGUUCUACUUCUUCGUCUCGAGUCCACGCGGAUGAUCAGAUGGAGCAUAAAAUGGCGGGGAUUGAGGAACAAUUUGCUCAUCUCACUGUCACUGUGGCUGCUUCUGGUGGAGGGGCGAAGCAGCAGGAUGAAGGACUUAUGGGAUCGUCAUCGGUGCCGCAAGCUGUUUCUGGUGGUGGGGUUCCUGGGGAAAAUACGAAUUCGGGUUGUUCGGAUGAUGAGAGAUCGGAUCAUGGGGUUCCUGUUGGGUACAAGAAAUCAUCGCCUCCACAGUCACUGCCUCAGGGUGCUCCUCUUCAGAAUCAACAGAAAUCUAGCAGUGGUCAUGAUUUGGCUUCUCCGGAUUCCGUCUCCAGUGAUUGUAGUUCUGCAAAUCCAUUGUCACGCCAAAAACAUAUGAUUCAUCAAGACCAAGUUCAAAUCCCAUCUGGGACCAACGGGGUUCCUACAAACCCUAUUGAUCCAAACCUUAAUAUCUCUGAUCCGAAUGCAAACGCCCGAGUUCCAUUACAACAACUCGUUCAGGAUUCUAGUUAUAUAUUGCAGCAACCCCAAUUUGAUCAACAGUUGCAGCAGCAACAACAACAACAUCAACUAGUUCAGGAUUCUAGUUAUAUAUUGCAGCAACCUCAAUUUGAUCAACAGUUGCAGCAGCAGCAGCAGCAACAACAACUUGUUCCGGAUUGUGAUUAUAUAUUUCAGCAACCCCAAUUUGAUCAACAGUUGAAGCAGCAGCAGCAGCAACUAGUUCCGGAUUCUGGUUAUAUAUUGCAGCAAUUCCAAUUUGAACAACAGCAGCAGGAGCAGCGACAACAGCAGCAACAACAACUUCAUGAUUCUGUUUUUAUAUUGUCGCAAUCCCAAUUUGAUCAACAGUUUCUGUUGCAGCAGCAGCAUCAACAACAACACCGGAAGCAGCUAGUUCAAGAUUCUGGUUAUAUAUUGCAGCAACCCCAAUUUGAUCAACAGUUGCAACAAUCAUCUCCACCACAAUUCUUACAUACUGGUGCAACACAUUAUAUUCAUCAACACACUGUUGGGGCUGUUCCAAUGUCAGCUUAUUACCAUGUACAUCAUUCUCAACAACAUCAUCAUGCUCAAAUUGAUCAGACGUAUCCCCUCUAUUAUGUGCCGACAAGGCAAACCCAAGCUUACAAGUUGACUGUCCAGCAACUUAGUAUGAAUGAAGGCACUAAUGCAAUUCCAUCUAGCCAUCAACAGACUCCCAAUCUGACAUCCAACCAUCCAAGAAAUGCUCCUAUUGCCAAUCCUGAAAUGGCUGCUGACGCAAGAGCAUUUGGAACAUCAGCUACUGGUACUCCGCAACUGGUUCAAGUCCCAAGUCAGCAGCAGUAUGUCCAUUACUCUCAGAUUCAUCAUCCAUCACAAUCUGUUGCACCUACCUCUUCUGCGCCUGCCACAUAUGCUUAUGAAUUCACAGAUCCUGCUAAUGCUCAGAUGUACUCCACUCAGCAUCUGGCACCCACUAUGCCUUCUCAUUUCCAAACCAUGACCGGAGGUACUGCAGUAGUUUUGCAAGAUUCAUAUGCUCAACGUUCGACCGAUAACAUCAAUCAACAGAUCAAGACUUCUCAACCAAUGUAAAUCAAGUCAAGAAGAAAACAACAAUUUUGAAAGAAGGGUUUGGUUUAUAGCUUUAAUGUCUGUUUUAAUAUCUGCUUUGUUAGCGGUAUUGGUUUUCUGAUAUGAAUUUGCGAAGGAUAAUAAGGAACUCUGAUGGUAUUUUUCUA